AUGGCUGCGGUAUCCCUCACGCCGCCCUCCCCCACAGGGCCCUCCAACGCCGCCCUCCGCUCCAGGCUCGCCUCCCCCACCAUCUCCCGCAACCCCUCUUCCUCCUCCGUAUCCUCCACCUCCUCCAUCCAGGCCGCCCCCAUGCGCCCGCCUCCUCCAGAGACGAGGACAGCCGCCACCGACAAGUCGCAGAUGGGCAGCCGAAAUGCCAGCGACGCCGAAGACGAUGCGCAUUAUGACGGUCCCAGGACUGGACCCGCAGGCGGAAGAGGCGGCGGGUGGACACGAAAUGGUCCCCGGACCGUGACGAGCGCUGCAAACCUCAGCCAAAGUCCUCAGCCUCGAUAUCCCAUUCCGCCCUCCAUUAUUACCUCCUCGGCGUCUCCAUCUCCGAUCCUGACGAACCGCUCCAGGCCAAGACACGAAGGCGCUGGCGGAUCACCUACGACUCCUCGGGGGGCAUCUUUUGCCGCGGCACCGGAUGCGACGUUGGAUGGCUCUGCACCUUUGAGGGUAACCAUAUCUAUUGAUCCUGAAGACCCUCACAACCAUACGCGCCAUCCGGGAUCAGGUGCCGCAUCGCCUCUUGACACUCGUGGGCGCUUGACUGCCCCUUCGUCCCCUGUCAAUUCGAACCGCCCAUUGGACGGCAAGCCCCGUACUCUCUCUGUUGAUGCAGGGACCAGCAGGUCCCAUGGCAACAGGAGUCGUUCCCAAGGCCGCGAUCGACGACAGUCGCAUUCCUCCAAUGGCUCCGGCAGCCACAAACCUGGUCCAGAAGACUGGAUCAAAGAGGAAGAAAUCGGGAGUGGGGCAUUCUCCACUGUCUACCGGGUCGCCCCCGCACACGAAGCGACAUUUCCAACCUCGCCGCGCCCUCCGAAAAAGUACGCCAUGAAGGUCAUUGACCAAUCCUUCCUCGUCAAACACAAAAAAGUCAAAUACGCCAUGGUCGAACGUGAUGCCAUGAUUCGAAUCUCUGAACCUAUACCGAUGAGGGGGCACCGAAGAGGAAUCUCGAGCUCCUCCAGUGCAGGAAACAGUUCCAGCACGACCGUCAAACCCAGAAAAUCUUCCGUCAACAUCAUCGCUCCUCCAUCUCCCAACCUCUCUGGUCAUACAUUGACUGGGACAACACCCACCAGCGGCGGCAAGAGCCAUUCUCGCGAUCGUCUUUCCAUCGCAACAACAUCCAGUGCCGGCUCGUCCCCCGUUCUCGCUGCUUCCACCGGGACCAACGCCCAGCCGUCUCCUGGUAGCGGCAAGGCUCUUGCUGGCAGGCGACCUAGCAGGUCUGCCGAUCCUCCCGAGAUGGUUCCAGAGGUGAACGAGGUGCUACUGCCCACUCCCAUCAUCUCCGAAAUGGAAGGCAGGUCAAUGCCACCUUCUCCUGUGCGAGAAGAAUCUGCAGAAGGUCACGAGUCGCUCCACGACAGUCCGCAGGCAUUGCAAAACCCAGUCGUAGAGCUUGGCCCUGCCUUGCCCUCUCUUCCCCCGAGUGCCAUGGAUUCUCGCUCCUCUUCUUUGGCCACUUCCGACGCACCUCCUCUGACCCCCGGUGCCCGUCCCCCGCGAACGCCAAAGAAGAGGAGGCAGUCUCUCGCUACCUCUGAAAAGUCUGCCAAGUCUACUCAGACCGUUGUGCCAUCUGGCCGUGCGAGGCAGCAUCCUGGGUUUAUCAAGCUUCAUUCGACCUUUAAUGACAGAGUCGCUCUUUACUUUGUGAUGAGUCUUGCAGCGCAAGGCGACAUGUAUGGCUUGAUCAGGAAGUGGGGGUCUUUCGACAUCAACACUGCCAGAUACUAUGCGGCGCAGAUGGUGGACAGUUGCGAGUUUAUGCACCAGGUCGGUGUCAUCCACCGUGACCUCAAGCCUGAAAACAUCCUUAUCGAUGACGAUCUCCGUACGAAGAUAUCCGACUUUGGUAGUGCCAAAAUCUUUAUCGAUCCUCCCCAAGCAUCGAAAGAUAUCGACAAAGAAGAGCAAGGGAGCAAGAGGUCUUUUGUGGGGAGUGCGGACUAUGUCAGUCCCGAGGUCCUCAGAGAUGAUCCGGCGGAUACUGCCGCCGAUAUCUGGGCCAUUGGUGUCAUCCUUUACCAGAUGAUUGCUGGCAAGACGCCUUUCAGGGGUGCCACAGACUAUCUCACGUUCCAAAGGGUACUCAGGAAGGAGAUGGAGUGGCCUGAAGGGUUCGACGAGGACGCAAAAGACAUGAUCGACUCCAUCUUUAAUAUUUCUCCCGCCAAUCGACCGACUGCCACGGCUCUCAAAUCCCACCCGUUCUUCAAAACCAUUGAUUGGUCUACCAUCUGGACUUGUCCUGUUCCCGAUAUCCAAACGGGUAUGCGCGCCCCCACUGCCACUCUCGCAAACGUCGACAUGAACGACAUCUUUGGCGGCGUGUUUGAUGAUGACGGAGACGGCUUCGAGUACGAGUAUGAUGAUGUCGAACCCGGCAUUGACCAUCAUACUGGGCUGAGGCACUCACCAUUCUACGACGCCGAGUCUGCCGCCCGAGCUGUCGAUAGCUUCGACAACCCUGAUCAUCGCAACGUCUACACCCCCACAAACUCAAACCAGCUCGACCCGCCCCGUCCUACCUACGCCUACAACACCAGCAAACCUCUUCACUCUCGAGACAGCAGCGAGGCGAGCAAGAAGGGUAACGGGAGGAAGCUUGGGAAGGGGCGAGGAUUGAGUCAUGGGAGUGAGAGUUCGGGGAUGACGAGGAAUACGCUUGCGGCGUGGUUGGAUAGUUUGAGGUUUGAGAAGAAGGCGGGACUGCAUGGGAUGCGUCGAACGAGUACGAGUGGGUUCCCAGAGCAUUUGCAUGGGCAGAAGCCCGACCAAGGUGUGGGACGUGGUCUCUGGGGUGUAGAGCCUUUGAGUGACGAGGAGAUCAACAAAUGGGCACCAUAUCUUCACCCCAAUGAGAAUAUACUCUGUACCAACAGGUUGGACACUCGCGCUGUCAAUUCACGUCUCCCUGCCUUCACCGGGUCCUGGAAACCGAGGCAGGUGUUGCUUACAGACUUUCCUCGCCUAGUUUUCAUCAAAGCCGAUGAGGAUCCCGCCGAAGAGGGCGAGCUCUUGACCAAAGGCAAGAGUAAAGAGAAGAAGGAGAGGAGGGAGAGGGAGAGGGAAGAGAUGAAGCUUUCCAGGGGCGAGGCUGUCUUUGGGGACAAGGGGUCACUUGCGACGAAGGUGUCCAGUGUGGUCUCCAAGAACACAAGGACCUUGGUGGUCUAUACGGCUGCUGUCGACUUUUGGGUCCAUCUCGAAGACGCCGAGCAGAGAGACCAGUGGGCCAAUGUCCUUCGUCGACUCGACGAGUAUAUGCCUCUUCGCUUCGUGGAUUGA